GUCUGCCAAAUCAGGCGUUGACCGGCCCGAAUCGCCAGACGCCGGCAAUCUGUUUCGUAGCUCGGGAGGCCAGGGUCUUUCCUGUCUGUCAUCUGUGCUCACAACUGCGUCGUGUCCCUUGUCGCAACUGUGGUCCGUCCGGCCUCUUAUCAGCCCUCGGGAGCGCGUCCAGAGAUUACAUUCGGCAGAAUUUCUCCCGGGCGUCCCCUAUCUUUACAAACACCGCUGCUGAUUCGGGUGUUUUGAAGCGGCGCUCGAAGUUUUGUUUCACUCCCCCCUUAGGCGACCGAUCGCGGGAGCCGGUUGUGAGCCUCGAGGAAAAACCUGCUCCACUGCUAAAGCUUCCUGAACAACCGAACACGCCCAAUCGUCGAAGGAAAGCAGCUGGCACGCAAUCAUGGCGAAAAUUCAGUGUGGACCUGUGGUGGACAUCCUGGGCGAUGAGAUGACGAGAGUCAUCUGGGACUUGAUCAAGGACAAGCUGAUCCUUCCUUUCUUAAAUGUGGAGCUGCACACCUACGACCUUGGUAUUGAAAACCGGGAUCGUACGGAUGACCAGGUCACCGUCGAUUGUGCACACGCCAUCCAAAAGUACAAGGUUGGCAUCAAAUGCGCUACCAUCACGCCCGACGAGAAGCGUGUCACCGAGUUCAAGCUCAAACAGAUGUGGCGAUCACCCAAUGGGACCAUCCGUAACAUCCUGGGCGGCACAGUCUUUCGCGAGGCCAUCAUCUGCAGCAACGUGCCUCGCCUUGUCACUGGAUGGACAAAGCCCAUCGUGAUCGGCCGUCACGCCUACGGGGACCAGUACAGGGCCACUGACUUUGUCGUUCCUGGGCCUGGCACCCUCGAGAUCAAGUUCACACCCAAUGCUGCAGGCGAGCCGCCACUGGCAUUCAAGGUGCACGAGUUUCAGAACACGGGAGGUGUGGCCAUGGCCAUGUUCAACACUGAUAAGUCUAUUAAAGACUUUGCACACAGUUCUUUCAAGUUUGCACUGCAGCGAGAGCUCCCACUAUACCUCAGUACCAAGAACACAAUCCUCAAGAAGUAUGAUGGCCGGUUCAAGGACAUCUUCCAGGAAAUUUACGAAAAGGAGUACAAGUCUGACUUCGAGAAGCGUGGCGUCUGGUACGAACACCGGCUCAUCGACGACAUGGUUGCCCAGGCCAUGAAGUCUGAGGGAGGUUUCGUGUGGGCCUGCAAGAACUAUGACGGCGACGUGCAGUCGGACGCUGUGGCACAAGGUUAUGGCUCCCUGGGCAUGAUGACGAGUGUCCUGGUGUGCCCUGAUGGCGAGACCCUGGAGGCCGAAGCUGCCCACGGCACUGUGACCCGCCACUACAGGAUGUACCAGAAGGGCCAGGAGACCUCCACCAACCCCAUUGCAUCCAUCUUUGCCUGGACCCGGGGGCUUGCCCACCGAGCCAAGCUGGACAGCAACAACGAGCUGGCUGUCUUCUGCAGCUCGCUAGAGGCCGUCUGCAUUGAAACCAUUGAGGCCGGCUACAUGACCAAGGAUCUGGCCAUUUGCAUCAAGGGCAUGUCUGGCGUCCAGCGCAGCGACUACCUCAACACAUUCGAGUUUCUUGACAAGCUUGCUGAUAACCUGAAGAAGAAGCUUGGCAAGUGACUAGGCCGCCUGUGAAGCUAUGGGGUGUUGGUUCCACCAUCUGCCACCUGACUGUCUGCUGCGAUCACGCUCGGGAGCAAAUGGACUAUACAAGCAGCGGAUCGCAAGCGAUCGUUCCAAAAGCCUGGUGACUAGAGAAGGCUGUUGCAUAACAUUACACAGUCCUACCUCUUGCUAAGAGAGCUGAAGCAGUACCGACAAAUUGAGCUAACUCGAAUCUGUCUGCUGCUGGAGGCAGAGAACUAGCACGUCAUAGUAAUAGGUGGGCCAAUCUGUUCCCCACCCCACCCCCCUUUUCGACGCUGAAAGUGAAGUGUAGACAGACUCUGUAAACGAAGCUUUCCCAGUGAAUUUGGAAAAAAUCAAUCCCUGUGACCUUGUAGUGGCAAAAGACUACAACAAUGACAGUCAUGCUUGUUCAUAAAAGACAUUUACAAAACUAAAGAAUCCAGGCUCGCAGUCAUGCCAAUUAUUACUGGUGUCCCAUUGAAUGUCUGCUCAAGUAGAGGUGCCAAUCAUAAAUGACUUGUGUAGAGAUUGACAUGAUUGUUUGGAGAUGCAAGCCAAGCUUGCAUGUGAGGCACAUUGCGACAUCUAUUCCAUAUGCUCCUGACGUGGUUUUGCAAGCUGUUGCAUUUCUUUUCUCUCUUUUCGAGAACAACUUCCGGUGGCCGUCUUUCACAGAACCCCCUCCUUUCUCCCGUGGUGCAUAGGACGUGAAACUCUGUAUACUACGCAAGAGAAAUAUAUUUUUACAUGAA